UCGCUCCAUCACUCCAUCACCCCUUCACUCCUUCACUCCAUCACCCCUUCACUCCUUCACUCCUUCACCCCUUCACUCCUUCACUCCUUCACUCCUUCCAGCAUCCAUACCUCGCAACAUGGCAAGCAGAGCCAUUAUCCGCCCCGCUCCCGAGCGUCCGUCCUGGUACAUAUCGCCCAGGGACAUCACCGACCGCUCAGCCAACCCCAUCGGCCGCGGUGGCUUUGGCGAGGUCUUCACUGGCACAUACUUUGGCUCCAAGGUCGCCAUCAAGCAGCUCCUUGGAAACUACAACAACCGGGAGCUCGCUGACUACAACCAUGAGAUCGAUAUCUGGAAGCAGCUCAGCCACCCACACAUCCUCCCCCUGCUCGGUGCCUGCGACAAAGACGAUGACGGCAACCCGAUUCCUCCCUUCAUGGUCUCGCCGUUCAUGCCCAACGGCACCCUUCGCAACCAUGUUGCCAACAACAAUGUCCCACUCGAGGAGAAGCUCCGUCUCCUCUUCCAAGCUGCAUCGGCUCUGGCAUACCUCCAUUCCCGCCGCCGCAUCAUCCACGGCGAUCUCAAGGCCCUGAACAUCCUCCUGGACGGCUUGAACAACGCCGUCGUCACCGACUUUGGCAUGUCCCGCACCAAGCACACCUCUGCCUCGCUGGACCGCAACCGAUCCAUGGGCCCGACCGGCGGUACCGACGGUUACAUUGCACCCGAGAUGCUGGACGACGAUGAUCCCAGCGGAUCCACCAUGAAGACCGACGUCUACGCCUUCGCCAUCACAAUGUAUGAGGUCCUCAACGAUGCCAAACCCGUCUGGGUCACCAACAACGGACAAGCCAUGCUCAACCGAGCUAUUGAACGCAUUUCAUGCAACGGCAAGCGCCCCAAGCGUCUCGAUGGCAUCCCCGACGAUAUCUGGGCCCUCAUCAAACGCUGCUGGGCCCAAGAUCCCGCCGCCCGUCCUGCCUUCCCCGACAUCCUUGCCGUCCUCCAGCCACACAACCGAGCUACUGUCCCUGCCAUUCCCACUCCCGCCGCCGCCAAGACCCCUCCUGUCAGUCAGGUUGUUGGUCAUUUCACCACUCUCAGCGUGAACAGCCAGCCCCCGUCCCAGUCCAGUCAACCCGACGAGCUCAAGUUUGACGGCAUCGAAUCGGCCACUCGUCUCCCUACCUCCAUCGUCUCCCUACCUCCAUCGUCUCCCGCGCCAAGCAAGGUGAUCCCGAUGCCUGUCUCGAUGCUGCCAAGUUGGUCUCAGUGGGUCUCCCUGUCCGCCACCAAGAUUGGAAGCUCGCCGCCCAGCUCUACAGGGCCGCUGCCGACCGCGGCAGCCUCGAAGCAUCCUUCCAGCUGGCCUGGCUCACAUUCCUGGGCGAGGGGAUGGCCAAGAACGACCGCGGUGCCUUCGUGCUUUGGCAGGAAGUCAGCACCAAGUCAACUGACACUGUCCUGAAACCCAUCGCGACCCACAUGGUCGGUUGGAUGCACUACCUCGGCCGGGGGUACCCAGCAGGACAAGCAAAAGGGCACCAAGAUCAUACGCAACAACAAAUCCAAUGUGUUCGGCCUUGGGGAGGACGAAUGUCUGGUAGCUGGGGCCAUGUCUUCGUCCGACUCAUCCGCCGCCC